AUGGUACAAGAAAGCCAGUGAGUAAGUCCAUGGGUCCAAAUUUGGAUUCUGCAUAGUGGAAAAUGUAUGAUUUGACACCAAGUUCAUCCAAAUAGGACAAGUCUAUGGGAUUUUAUUGCAAAAUGCAAUAUUACUGUAUUUUCAAUGAUGGCCAUCUUGAAAAAUGGCCGCCAUCUUGAAUUUUCAUUUGGCCAGACGGAAAUAUCAAAAGAGCAACUUCUAAGGAGUAUGUGUGCCAAUUUUGGUGCUUUUAUCCACAAGUGAACGAUUAUUACAGUUAUCUGCCCAGCUAUUAUUAAAGACACUUUUUCUUUUUCAGUUCUUGCCCCAGCAGCCCUCUGGAAAUUACUGCGGCAUCUUCAUGCUGAUGGUGAGCAUUUUUUUGUCCUUGCUUGAUUAAAAUGUCUCGGCAUGUUAAAAUUUUAUUUUUAUUUUACAGUAUGCUCUCUGCAUCUGCACCUCAUCUCCACUGACAUUCACAGAGGUACGCUGUUUAAGAAUGUAACACCAAAAUACCAAUACCAGUGUCCAUUUUUUUAAUUGAAUUUAUUGAAAUGCCAGCAAUUCAACAGUGGUGGUGUAUUCAGCUGAUGGAGAGAUUCUGCACAGAAGGGUAUAGCUGCUACUAAAGACAAACUGGUACUAACAUGGUCCAACUUGGUAUUAUUUGCACUUUUGGCUCAGGCAGGCUAAAUGUCAGGUCAGACUGAACAGAGCAGUAGUAUACAAGUAAAGUUCAUAAACACAGACAUUACUUUUUAAAGGCAUGGACAAGGAUUUGCCUUCUGGACCGAGAAAGCAUCCCUUCUCCUCCAAGGAGCUCUCCAGACUGUCUUCAGAGUGCCAAAGGCAACCUCCUCCAAGCCUUUGCCAAGUCCAAUGAGACAGGUGGAAGAGGACUGCAAUGAGGUAACCAUUUGUAGAAUUUAACCGCACAAUGUUGAUGAUGGGACUGUUCAUCACUAUAUAAGUUACUUACAUGGUUAUAAUGUUCAUCUCCAUGUAAUGUGAUAAUUGUGUUUUUCUUUAAAGGUUGAGGCUGAGGCUGACAGGUGCUUCUUAGUGGAGGUAAUCUUUUUAUUUAUCUCUUUCUUUAAAUUGUGGACAAAACAGACUGAGUAGUUACAGUCACAGGCAGCUCCUUCAGGGCAGAGGGAGGCACUAUUGUGUAGUGAGUGAAUUAAUUGUCAUGAAAAACACUAUGCAGUAUAUUUUCCAUUGUCAGUGUGUUUAUUUCUGCAACCUAAUUUACAAAUUUUGUAUUUUUAUCGUCAUCGACUCAUCUAUAUUUUACAGUUGCCUGCGUGCAUCUUGGUGGACAUAUUAGAAGAAGUUGUACUCCAUGAAGGUGGUGGAGCAAUCUUCAAACUGGCUCUGGUGUGCUCCACAUUCAGAGACAUUGUGUGCACUGAGUAUUUCAGAGGGCAUGCACACUUUAAGUGGCUUCACAGUAAGCGCUUCAUUAAAUGAUGCAAUGAUACAUACAAUUACUUGUUGCUGUUGUCAUGUUUUUCACUGGCUAGUUGUAUCUGUUUUUUUUUUUUUUUAACUUUUUUUCCCUUUCCACAGGUGUUUGCACAUGGAGCAGAGUCUCUGCCAACUUCAGAGAGGAGUUCUGGAAUAUGUACACCAUUGAGAUCAGCCAAAAGUGUGGAGAGCAAUAUAAACAAUGGCCAUGAGGUAUGCUAUACUGUAUAAUGUUAUAUUGGUGUCAUUACAGACACUAGAAAAUACUAACAAUGCACAGACAUCAUGAAACCAUAUUGCUUAGAGGCCAUUCUUCUAUCUGUUUGAUCUCUUGUUUUACAGGAUAUGUUGGCAGAGGGAAAAGGGGAGAAGUCAUAGCAUUUUACUCAGAGGAGAUGCACCCAGGAUACUGCUGCCACUUUUGCAGCCAAAUGCGAUGAGAUUUUAAAAAAUCUGUUAAUACUGUAGCGUGUGAUGUUGCUGUUUGCUUGUGGUUUAUAGAAAAAGAAACAUCUAGUUCUGAUUUGUGGAUGUAGAAAUCUCAUUUAUUGCAUUAAUCAAUUGUUGCACUUGUUAUGUGUGUCAGGUUCAAAAACAUAUCAGGGAUUUGUUAGGUCUAGGACAUAUCAAACCCCACCAAAACAAGAAAAGUGAAGUCACAAACUCAGACCAGACCGCAAUUGCCUUUCUUGUGCACAAGGGAGAGAGCAGGCUGAGGAGAACUUCCCGUGUCUCAGUCAGACUCUCUUCUUAGAGAUGCUCUUCCCCGUUGUGGAAAAAUAGUGAGACAUGAGAUACAUUCUUUGUAGGCUUAAUUUCUUCAAGUGAUUAAACGAUACAUUUCAAUAAAUGAGAAUUUUAACAGUAAUUUUCCAACAAUGUGUUACUGUUUUUUCUGCUUUUCUGUAUCGGUAUACUGUCUAUCUCCCAGAGUUCUUAGCUGGUGGGCACUUCCUGUGUGAUGUGUCAACCUGUUUUGUACAUAAAUAAAUCCCCUUUUAUUUUUUGCAUUCAGUCCUGUGUCAUGUCCUCAGCACAUUGCAAUUUUGAGCUGAUCAUAACACAUUACAUGUAUUGAUAGAUAGGUAGGUAGGUAGGUGAGUAGAUAGAUAGAUAGAUCACACACACUACAUGAAAUCUUCUGGAAGUGUGUGGCUGCCCUUGGUUCCCCAUGGGCAGCCACACACCUACAGAGCAUCCCCCCUCAAUACUUCGAAAAUCAGAGAACCAGGAUUUUGGCCGACUGGUGGCGCUCUCCAAGGCCAGGGGAGGAUGCACCAUGUGCAUCCACAAACCUUCAGAGCAACCCCCCUUAAUACUUCAAAAAGUCAAAGAACCAGGAUUUUGGCAGGGUGGUGGUGCUCUCUGAGUCCGGUGGAGGGUUUACUAUGUGCGGCCACACACCUCCAGAGCAUCCCCCUUUGAUACUUUGAAAAUCGGGGAACCAGGAUUUUGGCCGUGUGAUGGCACUCUCUGAGGCCGGGGGAGGGUGCACCAUGUGCAGCCACACACCUCCAGAGCAUCGCCCCUCGAUACUUUAAAAAAUCAGAGAACCAGGAUUUUGGCCAACUGGUGGCGCUCUCUGAGGCCGGGGGAGGGUGCACUAUGUAUUCUAUUUGCACAUGCGCAGUACGGAUCGGGUAGGUAGCAUGGGUAGCGCAACCCGCAGACUUCACAGACUGCCGUAAAAUGCAUUGAAAUAUGAGGAGAGGAAGUGACAUCAGUUUCACACAUCUGCAAUACAAAUCGUGCUUCCGGGACAGAUCGGGUAGCCACAACAUCAUUGAAAAUCUGUGGAUCGUGCCUAAAAGAGCUGUGCAUUCAAGACGACCCAAGAAUAUUGCAGAACUGGAAGCCUUUUGCUAGGAAGAAUGGGGGGAAAUCCCAAAGGAUAGAAUCCAGAGACUUGUAGUUGGCUAUAAAAAGCGUUUACAAGCUGUGAUAUCCGCCAGAGGGGGUCUUACAAAGUACUAAAGGUACUGAUGCUGAAGGGUGCCCUGACAUUUGCACAUGCCAAAAAGAUGAUUUUUAUUUUUGUAAUUUUUCUAAAAUGAAAAGUAACUGUGCAUUAAUGAUUUCUGAUAAUAUUGUCUUUUUUCCUAUUUACCAGAGAGACUAUAAAUAUCAAGGUAAUUUUUUUAAUAAAUAAACUAUGCUUUUUUUAAAGGGGUGUCCUGGCUUUCACUCACAACUGUAUGUUCACAGGAUCCAGCAAAAGUGGGCAAGCCAUUUUCCACAGAUCAGAUUGUUCAGUGGGCGGUCUUUUAUACCUGCUGAGAUCUUAUCCUGAAACAUAACCUGCUUCGCUUAAAUUACUGGGGCAACUGACCCGGAUAGAAUGAAAUCCACCUUUGUCUUACGGAAAACCCAGAAGUUAUCCAGAAAUUAUAUCGGUAAGAUUAAAUCCAGCUUCAUAGUGCAGGCCUCCAGAGAGUCAUCUUGUUAUGCUACCAUAACACACAUCCCUGAGUUGAUCCCUGAAUUGUACCUGAAUUGAGUGAUUAUUAGAUUUGGAGAGUUGGCCUUCCCACUGGGUGAAGCCACCCUGAGAACAGCAUACUCUGGUGACAGGCUGCAGUAUAGGUCAUAAAUCCUGCCUCCUCCAGCCAUCCUUAUGUAGCUGUGGACAAACUUUUGAAAUUUAUUACACAGAAUAUAAUUUUUUCUACCCCCUGCUUGCGAUGGUUAUAAUUAGUUAUCGUGGUUAGUGCUUAAGUCCUCUUUAUUCUGUACAGCUCCAUUUUUUUGAAAUUAUUAGGGGGUUCAUGUUUUCAAUAAUUGACACUUGAUACAGCCUAUGAGCGUACGAAGAUUGCGUAGCUCACCUGGGGGAUAAGCUGUUUGUGCCGAGCGUCAUCAUAGUGACUCUCAGCAACUCUCCCGCCAAAUGAAUACAAUGCUACUGCGCAAAGUUGGUUUCAACAUUGUUUCAACAAUGUUGUGGAACUAAGUUGUCCAUAGUGUAUACAGUCUAUGAUAACACCCUUUGUCACAGUUAGUGGGAGAAAGUAAACAGCACAGCAAAAAUGUCAUUUACUGUUUUCAAAUAUACAACCGUCAUUUUUACUCUACAGAAGACAUAACCCUGAUUUUGGGGUCUUUUCAGCUCCCCUUUUAGCAUCAAUAUGCAUCAAAAUGAGGCUUCAGGGAGCUUGAUAAGACUAACCUUUGGUUCAUGGUGCAUCUGCUAUUUAAAGGGAGAAGCUUUUUCUGCUUAGCAUACACAGAGAAUAUAUUGAAUUGUCAAUAGGAAAGGGAGACAGCAAACAUUCAAUCCCCCUGUCUUCAGAUAUCAUUAAGAGAAGUUUUUUUAAGCAUCAUGCUGCUGAUCUGGAGGAGCCAUGAGACAGGUACACACUUAACACCAUGGGCUCUAUUUUCGUGCCUCGCCGGCGACGCGGCGCAUGCGUGGCGUAAGUGAGGUCCACCGGCGGCGUAAGUGAGGUCCACCGGCACACCAGGCACAAUUUGGUAUUUUGGUGAGCAGUGCAGCCCGGCGUAAGUAUCCCCCCUCCCUAACUCAGCUCCUCCCAGCGGCGUAAGUCAUAGCGAGGGAGGAGAGAGGGCAUGGAGUGGAUUUAACACAGCCAAGACCUGUUUUCACCAAUCACAUAAGCUCCUCUCCUUGCCUUUAAAUCCCCCAAGGUGUAUUACUAUUUUUGUGAAGUAGUCAAAGAGAUCAAGAGAUGUCUGAAGACAGUAAUGCCACACGAUGGCGACAAAAGGCAGCCCCUCAACAAGUGUCACUGUAAACGCUACAUUGGGCGUCCUCCACACUCUCUCAUAUAAGCACAGAUGGAUUUGGUGUGUGUAAGUUUGGACCCACUGGUAAGACAAACACCUUUUUCCACAAAUAAAGACAAUCCCAUAAAGUUGCACAUAUUAAAACCUCACGUGACAAAGGUGGGUUGUGCGCACAGAUCACAUCAUAAAUACCAAAAAUGGCAUUAAAAUCUGAACCAUCUGUGCGUAAUGAUGCAUUGCGCUCCGUGGCCUGGCUCUUUCUUUCAUAGAUGUUGGCAUAUAAAAUAAAUUUGGCUCACAAAACUGAAUAUCAUAAUAUUCAUAUGUAGGCUUAAAGUAAAUAACUCAUCUGAUCACUGAAACAAAUCAUCUGUUCAGCCGCAGCAGCAGCAGGACUGAGAGAGGACACGGAGACAUGUCCAGGUCGAGAUGCGCGAGAAAUAAGAGGAAGAGGAAGAAAGAAAAGGAGGGAGACGAAUUACAUAUCUUGUUCACUUCAUCAUGUGUGUCUAUUUACUAGAUAUUUAAUUUAAUUUAAUGCGGUUUCAGCUGUGUUAAUUUGGUCAGGUUAUGUGUCCAAACGCGUGCCAAACGCGCUCAUCAAAUCAGACAUAGAUCAGAAUAUAUCUAUAUAGAUCUAAAUGUAUGUGCUGACUCAGAUUAAUAGUUGUUGAUGAUUAUUUAUUGCACUGAAAUGUGCCUGACACUGUGGAAACCUGCCGUUGAGGCAGCGGUGACAUAUGCCGAUACACCGCUGGUCUACCAAAAUACCACUAGACCAGCUGCGCUCUGCCUGCGCUGAAAGCUGACCAGGUUUGAAUCGUCGAGCUUUCAGCGCACUUUAUACGCCGGUGGCGAGCACGAAAAUGUCACUGCGGCAGCUGAUUCUGUUGACACCUCCCUCUGCCACGCCACCACGCCCAGCUUGGCGGACCUCGGUGCACCUUGGUCCACGAAAAUACCAAACCGGCUGUACGCCGGUUCCGCCGAACAAAAAUACAACUGCGCGGGGUCUGCCACCUCACCAGCGUACACAAAAAUAGAGCCCCAUCUCUUCACUCCUCUAAUUUACCUAAAGGAGGAUGAAUCCUGCAAAGACAUCACAGGAAGAAAAGAGACCAAGGGUAGUCCGUCUCAGCUGCACUCUCUUAUUCAAACAUACAAACACUGGCUGUAAGGGGUACAUUUAAUUAUAUUUCAUAUGCCACACGUCCACUAAUACCACUGACAAUCACAGGUACUAUCCAGCUUCUUUUAUUCAUGCAGUAGAAAAGACAGCAGCAGGGUAUGCCAUUAAGCAGUAAAAACAAGUAAACACAUGUUCACAGCCUCCUUCUGCACAAUGUUGAGCACACAGAGUGUUAUUCAACAUUAGAUCCUGGUCAGUAAUCAAAGACGUUAUGCUGCUGUGCCUCGAGCAUAAAUGUUCCCAGUGUCUCUCUUCAUUUGGAGUAGUCUGCAUAAGUGUGUGUGUGUGUGUGUGUGUGUGUGUGUGUGUGUGUGUACGCACGUGCGUGCAUGCAUGCAUGAGUAUUAUACUGAGAACGAAAGUGUUAAGUAGCUCUAGUCCAGGGGUUCUCAAUCUUUUGCGAGCUGGGCCCCCCCAAUGGUGGUUCAAUGCAGUCGAGUCCCCAAGAUCAAAGUCUAGGGACCCUAUCCCAUCAUAUCCAUAGAAAUCUGUGGAGAACCUCAAUCAUAAAGGCUUUCUCAUCUUGCUCAAGUUGUUGAUGAGCCAUCUCACUGUGUCAGAGUGGGGUUUCCAUUUUUCUGCUCUCUCAGGUAACAAAUCCACUGUAGGUGAAUCUAAUAGGCCUUCAUUGUUGCAUCAAUUGGAGCAAGUUAAUCAGAUGCACACUGCAGCCACUCAAAACACACUCAAAUACUCAUUCUUUCUUGGUGUCAUUUUAAAAAUAACUGUUCUUUUUGCAGGGUUGAAUGACUGCACAGGCUCUAUCUGACAUAACCACAGAAAAAACAGAAGUAGAAGAAAAUUUACGUACGUGCAUUCAUGAUUUAACCCAACCAUACAGAGGAUGCUUCCGCACACAAAGGCCCUCAUAUAUCAAAUGAAUGUACAGCAGAAAACUGUCUGUACGACCAUUACCAUGCAAGGAUCAGCAUUUAUCAGUUUGGAUCAAAUCUCACGGCAGGUUUCACAUCGUGUCUGUCCCAAAAUAAUUAAAGGGGACCUGCCACCAAAAUUUCAGACCCAUUUUUAUCAUUUUUUCACAAUCCUUGAUGUCCUCUGAUCAUGUUUGCAACAUAAUUUUAGCUGAAAAGUUAUUUGAUGGUUUGUUUUAGUAUGCCUAAAUUGUCAUCAAUUUUUGAUCACCUUAAGCAUGGCCACAACUGUGGCCAAAAAUUUCUCUUUGUCUCUCCAAGAACUCUGCCAUGAUGGCUGGUCUUGGUCCAGCAGAUGGAACACUCUCCCUGGCCGCUGUGUCGCUGGUGCCUGGCUCUAAGAUCAUUGGAACAAUAAAAAAAUACACCUGUGUGAAAUUUGUGAGUCUAAUUAUUUCUUAUAGACAAUACAAUCACUCCUUAAAUCGACUGUCAGAUUUUACAAGACAAGCAAAAUGA